ACAUGGGAUUUGAAGGACCAAAUGGUAGGCAACGACACACCUUUCAAAGAAAUGUUGCCAAAUAUAAACUACAUUUCCCAGACAUGACUUAUAGUUAAAACGUUGCCAGUGUGGUUUAUCCUUGAAGAGAUGGUAAUUUGCCGUCAGAAACCGGGUUAAAGAAAUAACCAGGCCUACAGUAUCACUGCGGUGCAGAACAGCAUGACGAUGUGAGGAUUCCAGCUCAUCCCUGUCUGGAGCAGCAUGGACCAGGAGGAGGGCGACCACAGCCUGGAGCAGACGUUUCAGGCCGCGGUUAAAGUCAUCCGGAGUUUGCCUGAAGAAGGACCGUUCCAGCCCUCCGACGACAUGAUGCUGAUGUUCUACAGUUACUACCAGCAGGCCACCAUGGGGCCCUGCACGCUCCCCCGGCCCAACGGCUUCUGGGACUCUCGGGGAAAGGCUAAAUGGGAUGCCUGGUGCUCUCUGGGAAAUAUGACCAAGCAGGAAGCCAUGAAGAAUUAUGUAGAAGACAUCCAGCUGAUUCUGGAGACCAUCCCCAUCUCAGAUGAAGUGGCAGAUUUGGUGCAGAGGCUUGGAAACUUCUACACGGAGGUGGACGGAUACGAGGAAGAGGAACGAGAGAGCGGAGUGGGGAAGAGGCCCUUCACCAGACCCUUCGCUGGUCAUGAAGGGGAGCUGGUUCAAUCGGUUAAAAAACCAACAAUGGAAGGCUUUGGGGGACUGUGGGAGGAUAUACAAAACCUCCAGGACAUGGACGGCAGCGUGCGGGGACUGAGUGUCACUAGCAGCGAGGCAGAAGGAAGCAGAGAAAGUAGAGAAAUGGACAGAGAGGAGGAAAGAAAUGUUUGGAGGACAAGUGAGGAUGACGAGGAGAGGGAGGAUGACUUCAAUACUGGUGAUGAAGACGAGGAGGAGGGAAGAGGUUGGAGCCCGGACCCCAGGUUUCUGAUGGUGGAGGGACGGCGGUGGAGGUCUGACACCAAGGGCUCCGGCAGCAGCGUGGAGCCCAGCGUAUCCUCCUUCACCAACGGGACGCACAGCUCCCUCAACAGCGAGGUGGAGGAGGACGAGCUGGCGUGUUCCCUGGAGCCCAGCGAGCACCGGUACCCAAGCGUGAGCCUCAACGGACACGCCGUCGACCAGAGCGACGCUGCGUCUGACAGGAAUCUCCGAUCUGCAGACUCUGAUAACGAGGAGUUCUGUGACUCCAUGGAGCAUCUGGCCGUGGAAGAGCGGCUGUCUGCGUGGAAGGACCGGUCCUCUCUGUCCGGAGCUGCUUCAGUCCGGCCCAACGAGCUCUGGUCUGAGAGCAGCGCCACCCUGAAGGAGGCAGAGCAGGAAGUGAUGGCGGGAUGCUUUAAACCAGGGGUCAGUCCAGGCAAACACAGCAGCUCCUCAUCAACAAGAGAAAUGGCGUCUCUGUCGCCAGGGGACACAUGCAGCUCUUCCUGGCGUGUGGGUGUAGGUUCUGCCUGUGGCUGUGAACCCCGGAGCACGCACCCCGCCAGAGCUCCGGGGGGGAACAUCAACGAGCAGAUAGCCACGGCUCUGCUCAGGCUGCAGCACGACAUGACCAGCGUGCUGCACCGGCUGCACACUCUGGAGGAGCUGACCCGCUCGCAGUCGAGACCGUCUUCACCGAAGCAGGAAGAUUUUUUACCAACUGUUAUACAAAAGUUCCUGAGACCGUCCUGGUGGCCACUGGACAUCUCUCCCCUGUCGGUGGCGCUGACGGCCCUGUGGCCUCUGAUAGCCCACCGGCUCGUCCAGCUCUACUUACAACGCAAGAGAAGAAAAAUCCCAUGAAGUGUCUGGCAGUCCACGUUAAGCAAUGAAGCACUUUUGCUCCACUUUUCUCCUCUCAAGCCGCCGCCGCGGAUGGUGUAACGAAGACGUUGAGUGGCCGCGUUACAUCAACACUUGAUCAGAAAGGAGUGAAAAAUGAGUUCUGGCAAUAAGGUGUAGCAUUUUUAUUGGAAAGAGACUUUUUAGAUGGGGAAUGAUUAUAAAAGUUUAUACAGCUGUGUAUUUAUGUAUUUAAAGAUCUAUUUAAUUGAGAAUCAGUUCUUUUUUUGACAUGUAAUGGAAAUAAACAGUUGAUUUAGAAGCAUCAGACGUUAGCAAUAGACAUUGGAUGAUUAAAAAGUUGUAUAAUUUCUCAUUGAUGGUUAUUUCAUUCACAGGACAUUACUAUGCUUAGGUUUCCUUGUAUGUAUUUUCAAUUUUUAAACUGCCUUUUGAACAUUUUAGAAGACAAGUUUCUUUUUCAUAUGUAUUGUGUGACAAAUAUUUCAGGGAAAUUUCCUUUUAAAACCAAAUAGACAUUCAAGAUAAAAAACGUAAAUUUUUUGUGUAAAGAUGUGUAUUUAUUUUACCAUUUCAAAGGGAUAAUAAAGUCAGAAAUUGCAUAUAUAAUCCCAGGAAGAGAAAAACAAACAUAAAUUAUAAGGGAACCAUGAAAUUACCUCAAAGAAACAAAAUGGAAACAAUGAAAUGUGAUAAAUUAAAUGAUCAAAACUGAUGAAAGUAAAGAAGUAAAUUGCUCACAAAGCAGCAAAAACAUCUAAUGUAACAACCAAAUGUAAGGAAAUCUAACCUGUAUCAACUGUCCCUGUUCUUGCAAAAAAGUGAGCGAGAGUAUAAAGACAAUCCACACAUCUAUAUCUGUUAAGUUUUGUUUCUUGAAGAAAAGUAUACACUAAUAAUUUGAAAAUGUAAUAAAAACAAAUGUAAAAUUAA